GCACGCACACAAACACACGCCACAAACGCACACACAAAUACACAAAGAUACGCUCUCUGAGUCGAAAAUCACUUUGGAAAUCACCUGAAGGGAGCAGGAGAGGACGCGGCCGGUGGCCUUUUGGAGCGGGGCUGAAGCGAGGCAGCAGGUGAAGGACUCUUCAGACGGACGCGCCAACACACUGGAUCUGUAACUUCUUCUGUACAAACGAGGGAAACAAAAAGGGCGGAUAGUUCUGAAAUUGUCGUGAGUCACACCAUGGAUCUAGAGGAGGACAAGCAGUCGGUGGAUAUCCAUGACAACCCUCCCGCUCCUGAGAACGUAGUGAGGGAGGAAGGAGACACUGUCUAUUUCAUCUAUGAAGAGGAGGUGGAAGUGGAGGAGAAGGAACCAGAACCUCCUUCAGAACCUGUCGUCCGCAUCAAUGACAAACCGCACAAGUUCAAAGACCACUACUGCAAGAAACCCAAGUUCUGUGACGUCUGCGCUCGCAUGAUCGUCUUGAACAAUAAGUUUGCUCUGAGGUGUAAAAACUGCAAGACCAACAUCCACCACUCAUGUCAGUCCUAUGUUGAGUUCCAGAGGUGCUUUGGCAAAAUUCCUCCUGGUUUCAGAAGGGCCUACAGCUCCCCUCUGUACAGCAGCGACCAACCAGAUUCAAACAACCCGAACCGAAACGACCCCGUCUUCGACACACUGAGAGUCGGCGUCAUCAUGGCAAAUAAGGAGCGCAAGAAGAAUGAAAAUGACAAGAAAAAUAUGAUGAUGAUGAUGGAGGAGGAGGAAGAGGAGAACCAACAGCCCAAAGAGAACGAGGAGGGCGGAGAAGGGAAGCCUGAUGAUAAAAAAGAGAAAGGAGGAGACAAAGCAGACGAUAAGAGUAAAGGGACCUUCUCCCAUUCACACUACUACCUGGCUCUCUAUCGCUUCAAGGCCAUUGAGAAGGACGACCUGGACUUUCACCCAGGAGACCGGAUUACAGUCCUGGAUGACUCCAAUGAGGAGUGGUGGAGGGGGAAGAUGGGGGAGAAGACGGGCUACUUCCCCACAAACUACCUCAUAAAAGUGCGAGCUUCAGAGAGGGUUUACAAGGUGACCCGCUCCUUUGUGGGGAACAGAGAGAUGGGACAAAUCACUCUCAAAAAAGACCAGAUCGUGGUGAAGAAAGGAGACGAGAAAGGAGGCUACCUGAAGGUCAGCACUGGGCGCAAGCUGGGCUACUUCCCCGCUGACCUGCUGCAGGAGAUCACUGUGACUUAAAAACAAACUUCACACUUUAAAUAUCACAACAGAGCUGCCUGGCCGUCCUCCAGGAACUCAAACUGAGCUUCUGAGGAAUUUCUGCAUUUCUUACCCAAAGUAAUUCAUUGUUUUUUCCCCCUCUGCAUUAACAUUAUGUAUUUGCUGUUUUUGUGCCUUAGACCGAAAGUCAGGAGAUGAAUACUUUGAAGGCUGUCUCAGAAAUUCCUACAUCAACUGGAUGCUGGUGUAUUGGCUUUGUAGUGAUUAACACAGUAUUACAGAUGUUUUACAUUAUCAAUUUUACAUUUUGACCUGAUGACGGGAAGAAAAAAGGACUAAUUGUCUUUUGACUUACGAAGCUUUUCAUUUUCAUGCAUUGCUCCACCACAUUACCUCUGUGCCUCACAGCAACCACCACCUGAGUGCCAUGCCGUAAUUCUAGUAAUAACUUGCACAUUUACCUUUAAGGAUUUUGAUUCAGUCUGCUGUAUUGUCAAAGAUAAUUAUAUUUUACUGUACAUUGUUAACUGCU